AUGUGGCGAGAGGCGAUGAUGAGGAGGAGGAGACGCCGCUACCUGCUGGAGCGGGCAGAGCAGGCGGGCGGCGGCGGCGGCUGCGGGGCGAGCGGCGAGCAGUCCCGCUGCCGGGACUGGCUGUACGAGUCGUACUACUGCAUGAGCCAGCAGCACCCGCUCCUCGUCUUCCUGCUCCUCAUCGUCAUGGGCGCCUGCCUGGCCCUGCUCGCCGUCUUCUUCGCCACCGGGCUGGAAAUUGAAGACCACGUGGCAUUUUUAAUAACUGUUCCAACAGCCCUAGCAAUUUUUUUUGCUAUAUUUAUCCUUGUCUGCGUAGAACCUGUCUUCAAGAAGCUGCUCCGUAUAUUUUCGCUGGUGGUCUGGGUAUGUCUGGUUGCCAUGGGAUAUCUCUUUAUGUGUUUUGGAGGAAUCAUCUGUCCCUGGGACCAGGUGUCAUUUUUCUUGUUCAUUAUUUUCGUGGUGUAUACCAUGCUGCCCUUCAACAUGAGGGACGCUAUAGUUGCCAGCGUCUUGACCUCUGCGUCUCAUACGAUUGUGCUGAGCGUCUGUCUGUCGGGUACAACUGAUGUAAAGGAACACUUGGUUUGGCAGAUAUUGGCAAAUGUAAUCAUUUUCAUCUGUGGAAACUUGGCAGGAGCAUACCACAAACACCUCAUGGAACUGGCACUGCAGCAGACGUAUCAGGACACAUGCAACUGCAUCAAAUCCCGUAUCAAGUUGGAAUUUGAGAAGCGGCAACAGGAGCGUCUUCUACUUUCUUUACUGCCUGCUCACAUUGCCAUGGAAAUGAAAGCAGAGAUCAUUCAGAGGUUGCAAGGUCCCAAAGCAGGCCAGCUGGAAAACACAAACAACUUCCACAACUUGUAUGUCAAAAGGCACACCAAUGUAAGCAUCUUGUAUGCUGAUAUCGUAGGAUUCACUCGCCUGGCCAGUGACUGCUCACCUGGGGAACUGGUGCACAUGCUCAAUGAGCUGUUUGGCAAGUUUGAUCAGAUUGCAAAGGAAAAUGAAUGUAUGAGAAUUAAAAUCCUAGGUGACUGCUACUACUGUGUUUCUGGACUACCUAUAUCUCUUCAAAAUCAUGCCAAGAAUUGUGUGAAAAUGGGAUUGGACAUGUGUGAAGCUAUUAAGAAAGUGAGAGAUGCAACUGGGGUUGAUAUUAAUAUGCGUGUGGGAGUGCACUCUGGGAACGUCCUCUGCGGAGUUAUUGGGCUACAGAAGUGGCAGUACGAUGUGUGGUCGCAUGAUGUCACUCUGGCAAAUCACAUGGAAGCUGGAGGAGUUCCAGGCCGCGUUCACAUCACUUCAGUCACCUUGGCACAUUUGAAUGGAGCAUACAAAGUGGAAGAUGGGGAUGGUGAUGUGAGGGACCCAUAUCUGAAAGAGCACAAUGUUAAGACUUACUUUGUAAUCAAUCCUAAGGGAGAGAAGCGAAGUCCUCAGCACCACAUUAGACCUCGACAUACUCUUGAUGGAGCCAAAAUGAGAGCUUCUGUCCGCAUGACCCGGUACCUGGAAUCUUGGGGAGCAGCCAAGCCAUUUGCACACUUGCACCACAGGGACAGCAUGACCACUGAAAACGGCAAGAUUAGCACAACAGAUGUUCCCAUGGGGCAGUAUCAUUUUCAGCGUUGCAGAGAGAGAACAAAAUCACAGAAAAGAAGGUUUGAGGAGGAGCUGAAUGAGAGGAUGAUUCAGGCCAUUGAUGGAAUCAAUGCUCAAAAGCAGUGGCUUAAAUCUGAAGACAUUCAAAGAAUAUCGCUUCUUUUCUACAAUAAGACUCUGGAAAAAGAAUAUAGAGCAACUACUCUGCCUGCAUUUAAGUAUUAUGUGACUUGUGCCUGUCUCAUAUUCUUCUGCAUUUUUGUUGUACAGAUUCUGGUAUUGCCAAAAACAUCUAUUCUUGGAAUUUCAUUUGGGGCUGCAUUUCUCUUGCUUUCCUUCAUUUUGUUUAUCUGCUUUGCUGGACAGCUUUUGCAAUGUAGCAAGAAAGCAUCAGCUUCACUGUUGUGGAUCCUGAAAUCAUCUGGAAUAAUUGCAAACCGUCCUUGGCCGCGGAUCACUCUUACAUUGACAACCACUGCAAUAAUAUUAACUAUGGCCGUGUUCAACAUGUUUUUCCUGGAUAAUGCUGUGAAAGCUUUUCCCCCAGUUCUUAAUUCAUCAAAUACAAGUUUUCCUAAUUUGGGUAAUCAGACACGGUGGUGUAUACAAAACAACUGUUUUUUCCUACCGUAUUUUAUAUACAGCUGCAUAUUAGGGCUCAUUUCGUGUUCCGUUUUCCUGAGGAUAAAUUAUGAGUUGAAAAUGGUGAUAAUGUUGAUUGCAUUGGUGGGCUACAACGUUAUCCUUCUGCACACUCAUGGGCCCAUGCUGGAUGACUACAGCAAAUUUAUGUACGCAAUGGCACCUCUAAAAAGGCCUGGAGUACUAAAAGACCUGAAGACAAUGGGCUCAGUUUCUUUGUUUAUAUUCUUCGUCACAUUACUGGUUUUGGGUAGACAGAAUGAAUAUUACUGUAGGUUAGACUUCCUGUGGAAGAACAAGUUCAAAAAAGAGCGGGAGGAGAUUGAAACCAUGGAGAACCUAAAUCGUGUGCUUCUGGAGAAUGUGCUUCCAGCCCAUGUAGCUGAACACUUCUUGGCAAGAAAUCUGAAGAAUGAGGAUCUGUAUCAUCAGUCAUAUGACUGUGUCUGUGUCAUGUUUGCCUCUAUUCCGGAUUUCAAGGAAUUUUACACAGAAUCUGAUGUAAAUAAGGAAGGCUUGGAAUGUCUCAGGCUGCUAAAUGAGAUCAUUGCUGACUUCGAUGAUCUAUUGUCUAAGCCAAAGUUCAGUGGAGUUGAAAAGAUAAAGACCAUUGGGAGCACUUACAUGGCAGCAACGGGACUGAGUGCUACACCCAACCAAGAACAGUGUCAGGAACCUGAACGACAGUAUAUGCACAUAGGAACCAUGGUGGAGUUUGCAUUUGCCCUAGUGGCAAAACUGGAUGUCAUAAACAAGCAUUCAUUCAAUGACUUCAAGUUACGAGUAGGUAUUAACCAUGGACCUGUAAUAGCUGGAGUAAUUGGAGCUCAAAAACCACAAUAUGAUAUCUGGGGCAAUACAGUAAAUGUGGCCAGCAGGAUGGACAGCACUGGUGUCUUAGAUAAAAUACAGGUUACAGAAGAGACGAACAAUGUCCUGCAAACAUUGGGAUACAUGAGCACUUGCAGAGGAAUAAUAAAUGUAAAAGGAAAAGGAGAACUGAAGACAUACUUUGUACAUACUGAAAUGACAAGGUCCCUUUCACAAGGGAAUGUGGCAUCUUGAAGAAUGCUUGUACAUGUCAUCAAUACCAUAUUUUCAGGAAAGUAUCACGCACUUUUUAACUACAUUUUGGCCCUUAACAUGCGUGCUAUUUUCUGAUAUGUGGCACUUAUUUUAAUAUGGCUGCAGAAUAGUCUCAUGAGCCAUCAUUUUGCACCUUGAUAUUCCUAUGUUCAAGGACAGUUGUGAUGUACGCUGUAGGACUGGAAGAUUGUACUGCAACUUGCACUGUUAUUCCGAGACAAGAAAAGAAGGAAUGGGAAUUAAAAAGAGGUAACUCAUCCUGAAAGGACUAAAAAGAGAUGUUGGUGACAAAUGUGGGGAAAAAAGGCAAUAAAGCUAGGGGUGCAUACUAUUUCCCGAUGCAUGGUGUUUUCUGGAAAAUACAGUCGCUCCCCAAUAGCAUCCACUAAUCUGGUAUUAGAGCAUACAGUAUUUGUAAAUAAGUUUACUCAGUUCACACAUGAUUUGGAUGUGAUCACCAGUUACAUCUCAUAGCCAGGGACACGUUGGGUGGCUUGCUGGCAUUCUUUCUGAAGAGAACUAACGAUGCUGGAUUAGUUUUGUACAAACGUGUCAAAUGUUUUGAAGCUAUUGUCUUUUGUAAGGUUAAUUCAUUAAAAGUUUAUAUGUACUUUGUCUUACUGUUGCUGUCUCUUAGUUUUGCUUCCUUCUCUGGCUUCUGUCCCUCUAAACCUGCGCGUCUGCUGCUGUGGCUGCUGCUUUUUAUUCAGCAGUUAGAUGCUGAGGCAGGCUGUGGCCAGCUAUUGCAAUAGCCUAGAUCAUUAAUACCUGCUAGAUUUGCUGUUGCCUUUCAGGAAUUCAAUGAGCUCUAUUGUCUUCAGUCUUGGUUGGUAUCCUAGGCACUCUGCAGUCAUUUGGUCCUUAUAUGAUACAGACUUACCUCAGAUCCAUAAACACAGCAAAGUGGGGGAUACUGGAGACAGUAGCAGUGUUGCUACUCUACAACUGGCCUGCAGUGCUUAAACAGUAACUAGGAGAAGCUGUACAAGAGAGGAAACAUUUUGUUUUGCACUUCCACCACCUCUUCUGCCCUCGCAUGCUUUUCACUUACCUUUCCAAUGCCAGAUUUCAUGGGAUAAUUAAAAAUAGUCUAAUUUAUCAGGACAUCAUGAUGAGUGGAAGAUACAAAAAAUGUUAUUUUGUGGAUAUUCAAGAUUAAUUUACAUCCUGUUGAAUUAGAAAAUAGCAUACUUGAAAAAUUUCAUAGAUGAGCAAGGUGAGAGACUGAAAAAUCCAGUAACUACUAUCUAUGUUCCUUUGAAAACACUAUAAAGAUUAUUUUUGCUUUGCUCUUAUCAAUACUUGAUACUAACAUUUUUUAGUCAUCGUAACAGCCUAACAAGACCAAAAUUAUUAAAAUUCUCCUAUUUAAAAUAUCAUAUAAUUACAAUAUUUUUUUUUCUGAUAUCUUAUGAAUAUAGAUGUCAACUUGUGCACUGUUAGCUCUGUCAUACUAUUGAAUUGUAAAAAGGACUCAUGGAACAAUCUUUCAGAUUUCUACUUCAUGAAACAUGUAUUUACAUUUGUGUUGAAUUGGUGUCCUUUCAGAAGGAGUUCCCAAAACUGUGGGUCACAAGUAAAUGGCAUCAGGCCAUGCAGUCUCACCAAGUGUGGCAUGGUUACUGACAGCAGCCAUCCGCCCUCCAGCAAAUUGGAAUAGCAGUCAAUUUCAAAAUGUCUACGUUUGAAGUAAAAUAGACGACCUGAAUUUUCAUCCCUUAAAUUAAAAAAAAAUAAAUAAAAUAAAAUAAAUAAAAACGUAGAUUUUGAAUGUACUCUGAACCUUUAAAACUUUUCUGGUAUUAUCACAGGUCAAAGCAAUCAUUUCUCAUUAUGGAUGAAAACCCUGUAUGUAAAUGCAUAUGUAAUGAUAUUGUAUUGUCGUAUCUAUGUGCAGCUUUCAGGUAUAACCUGUAUAUUCAGGGUUUUGUUUUUCAUUUGUAUUCUUGCACAUUCUGUGCAUCAGUACUAAACCUUGUACCUGAUUUGAUAGGCUUGUUUCUAUGAUUUUUAUAAAAGUUAAACAAUACUAUAUUUCUGUAACCCAUAAAAUGUUAAAAUAUUUGGAUAGCAGUGAGCUGACUGGUUCAAUGAAAUAUAAAGAUAUAUAUGUCCCCUCCAAGAACAUGUUGAAAAUGCCCUUGUUCUGGGCACUCAUGUUACUCUGGUAUUCUCUCAUUUUGUACUUGCAUUCUGACUCUUGCUACUAUGUAGCCAAAUCCUGCUAAGAAGAAAGUGGGCAAAAGAUGAAUAUAAAUAUGUACAGUUAUGAUGCCCAAAGAAUGGUGCAUACCAUCCUCUCUCCAGCCUACAGUUGCUGACUAGUAUUAUUAUCUUUCUAGUGCCAAGAAGCUAUUUGUAUCCAAUAAAUAUUUUUGUCUUCCAAUGCAUCUUUCAUCUACUGUUUAUACCAUUUUAUUCUUCCCCUGUCUAGAUUGAUCCAGAGAUCCUGUAUCCUCUUUCUUCCUCUCCUGCAGCAGUUUCAUCUGCCUCAAUAUCUGAAUAUAACACUAUUUAAGUAUCACUGUAUAACUUGAAAAGCUUUCUGAUAAUGAUACCCGUCAGUAUUCAAUAUGCUGUAUUUUCUACAUCACUAUAAGGCUCAAGUUCUGUGACUCCCAUGUUGGUGCUAUAGUUCAUAGGUUGCUAGUGAAUCUUAAAGAAUGUGAGUUUCAAAAGUAAAAUGCAAGUGUGCUUGACAACGUGAGGCAGCAGCCAAGAGAUCAAUGUAAGAGUGAUUCACUGUAAGCUGGGAAAAUGAAACCCAAAGUUUCAGAGUCUGAUGGAUUUCUUUAUCAAAGCCAGUGCUUUGCUACUUGGAGGGCUACCAAGGGACAGGAAGAAAGAUUAGGCUUGCAGAUAUAUAUAUAUAUAUAUUUUUAACUACAAAAAUAGUUGGGAUUACCUGUAUGUUAAUGCUAUUUAACUGCUGUGUCUAAAGACAGACAUUAACAUCCUAUUUAACGUGUGAAAAGCAUUAUUCAUUCUGUUCAUAUUCCUUUAUGGUUUAUCUAUUUUGUAAACUAUCUAUAGACCUUAUUUAGCUUUUCCUUUUUCCACUGAGACACAGGUAGGAUUUCAGCCUGCUCAUUUCUAAAGAGACAGCUGUGCACAUCCAAAGGCAGACCUGUUUCAAGUCUGUCCCAUUUUGUUUUCAGAAACUCAUUUCAGGACAAAUAAUUAGCUAUGUCAUUGGAUGCUUUAUAUACCAACAGAUUUACUAUCAAAAGCAACAAUUACCUUGUCCUUCGAUAAUUAAUUUUCCCUUUGGUUGUAUUUCUGUAUGAAGAUUUUUUUUUUUUCUCUGAUAGCAGAUUCUCCUUCACCUGACCUAGAUACUACCCAUCAGCACUUUUUACAAGUGGACCUCAAGCUAGGGAUUUUUACUUCUGUUUUUCCUUCCUUGUCUAAGAUAGUGCUGUGACUCUGGGGAGGAAACAAAUGUAGAAUGAGAUAUAUGUGCCUUAAAUAAAACAUGUAAUUAACAGUAUUUUUGUUCUGUGAAGUACUUCAAAUUUUUUGUGGAUUUUCAAAAGUGAUGCAUUAAUCAAUUGUAGAUGGUUCACCCUACAGCUGUCAAUGUAUUCCUUUUAAAGGCUUUCAAAUUUAGUGGCUGGAAUUAUCCAGGUAAAUAUUGUUUUUAAUAUACCAGAAUGGAAUAAAAGGAAAUUUUAAUCUGGUUUGCAACUAUCAAGCUAUGAAACCCUUUAUACUAUAGGAUGCCACUGUUAAAACAAGGAUUCUGCCGACAAUUGUUUGAAAAUUUCUGAUGGAGUAUUUUUCAAAUGUAUUUGCAGCAAUUGAGAUGUUUUGUGUGAAAAACCUCAGUUUUGACAGGAAGAAAUGCCUGUGAAGUAUUUUGAAAGACUGACGUUCCUGGGCUUUAUGUUUGCAUUUCAAACCAGUGUUACAAAAUGUUACAUAUAAUAAUGUCCAUUUCAUGUAUAAAAUUGUGCAUUAUUCUAUUUACCAGCAGGGUUAUUAAACAGAAUAUUCAUCUGA